ACCUCCGUUGACUCGACCCAUCUGUCGCCUGUCUUGUCGCGUGUCAAUAGUGACUCGGUCUCCCCCGCUACCAACCAAGAGACUCCUGCCGGCUCCCACUCAAAUUAUCAGUCCAGCGACUUUAGCGAAAUAGACGAGGACCCCUUCUUCGGCGCAGACUUCAACGCCUUCGACGGUGCCACCCCGUCCUUCUUGGAGGACCACCAUAACCCUAUCGGGCUGGACUCGACCAUCUUCGCAGAUACCCCGUCGUCGGAAACCGGACCGAGCCAUUAUGACGAACUGAGCACAUAUCCCUUGACACCUGAGCAAACGGCGUCGAUACAUGCCACCUCACCGCGGAGCGAGCUCAAAGGCGCCCUCAAACUAAACAUCGAAUCACGAAUCCCGCAUUCUAUUUCUCCACAGGAGCUUCAGAAGCCCUUCAACUCAGCACCCGUCCUGACUCAAUCGACCCAGUUAACCCCAAGCCAGAGCAGCAGUUGCCGAUCGAGCGAGGACGGCCUGGCACCUGCUCUCGUUCCAAUGUCGGCGCAAAGCCCAAUGGUCACCGUCUCAUUCUGGGGCAAGGAUAACGACAACUCCGCUCCGCCUAUGCAGCGCUCCUUCGAGGACAGUCCAACGACAGUCCGCGGCGGAUUUGCUGGUGAUCUCAUCUCCUCGGCCAAUGACGCCCCAUCCGCGCCCCGUGAUUUGACGGGCCGAUGGCAACCAAACCCAGCGACCGGCCAUGGUGGUGUUGAGCCUGAAAGUCGAACUUCGGAGGAGGUCCCAAGUGUCAAUGAAAUGGCUGUCAAGCGCGAGCUUGACGACCAAAAUGACGUCGUUGGGAAAUGGCUGUCUCAAAAAUUCAACGAUUUAUCUGUUGAGCCCACCGCCACUGAUGACAUCGAAGCCCAUGAACAACCACGCGAUGAUGCGGAAGACAAGGUGCCAUUUGGCCAUGAGACGAGGAACAACUACAUACCAGGCCAGACAUACUACAGCAGUAAUGGCGGCAACAUCAGUCAGGAAGACUAUGCCACGAUCCUGUCAAACCGUAACUGGGCCGAUGCCCCGAUGCAUCACUCGAUCACUGGAACCCGAAACCAACCUGAAUCAUCGCAGGCUGCCAUCCAAAGAUUUGAAAGAAUGUGCCGUGACAACGAUUCAAUUGUCUCGAGAGCCGCUACCUGGGGGACACGGCGGCGUAGUCUCCCCAGCGUCAUGGACCUUGAGCUAGAAGGAGGCAACACUGGCGGUAUCCUGAAGAAGUUCUCCAUUAGUUCCAAGCCAGGCGGCCUUCUCAAAGAUCUUCGGGGUCUUGUCCGACGACCCAGCGCCUCCCAGAUUCGGAAGCGCAACCGAGGUGGAAACGACGAGGAUAGCCCAGGCAGUGACAGCCGAGGCAGCCAGGAGUCGAAACGUGAUAGCCUUCCUCACCUUACUCCGGGGCGCAUGCCGAGUUGGACGGUAAAGAAGCAGAGGCCCACCGUCAACACGAACACGCCCACUGCCUCGGCCUUGGUAUCAAUGGCAUCCAACUUUGCGUCAAUUGGAGCAACCCACACUCGAAGUGGCUCUAUCAGCGCUACGCCGGUCACAUCCCCAAAGAGCCCCUUUAGCGGUCUUACCGUCAAGAACACUCUCAGACGACCCCGAAGUAAGUCAGAACUUACCAAGUCUAGCCCGGGAAACCUUCACACAGACAGCCAUCCAAGUCUCGUUUCAAUGUGGAGGGGGGCUGGAGGACCACCCGUCGCAAACCUUGCAACAACAACCAAUAACGAGGUGGAAGAAGAAGAAGAGGACGAUGAUGAGUUUGGCGAUGAGGGCGAGAUGAAGGGGAAUGCAAACAUUAUUGAUAGCAUUACCCCGGAUACUACUGGGUUCCAGCAGCAUAUCCUCAGCCUGAACCCAACCUUGGCUUCAACAAAUAAUUACCUCGUGGAGCGAAUCGCACAUCAGCAAGUAGUCAGGUACAAGCAACUUCUGAGGUCCAAGGUCAUCCAUCUGAACCAGGGUGCCAACUGUCCUUCCGGAUCCCUUUGCAUUGCAUUGGGUGGAUCUGCUUCUAUCCUCGACCAGCCCGGCGAUACUCGAGAGCUGGACCCAUUGUCGCUUCCCGAUGACGAUGGCACUCCUACCGAAGGCAAGAUUAACGACACCAGCUUCCCUGCAGACAUUCCCAUGCCACCAACUACACGUCUCCCAGCCGAGUUUGAAUGCCAACUCUGCUACCAGAGCAAGAAGUUCCAAAAGCCAUCUGACUGGACGAAGCACGUACAUGAGGAUGUCCAGCCCUUUACCUGCACGUGGGACAAAUGCCGAGAGCCAAAGAUCUUCAAGCGCAAGGCCGAUUGGGUUCGACAUGAGAAUGAGGGUCACCGACAUCUGGAGUGGUGGACUUGUGAUGUCGAAGGCUGUCAUCACCAGUGCUACCGCCGAGACAACUUCCUCCAGCAUCUUGUCCGGGAGCAUAAGUUCCAGGAGCCUAAGGUUAAGACUAAGGCAGCUAUGAAGAGGUCUGGGGGGGUCGACCUGACUUGGCAGAAGGUUGAGCAAUGCCACAUGGAGACGCCAAUCCGACCACAGGAGGAGCCUUGCAGAUUCUGCGGCAAGUCAUUUCAAACAUGGAAGAAGUUGACGGUCCACCUGGCUAAGCACAUGGAGCAAAUCUCCCUCCCUGUUCUGCGCCUUGUGGCAGCAAAGGCAGCUGAGCUCAAGGAGGAUACCGUCAUCAGCCCAGUCCAGGAUCCUCCUCCCCGGCAUAUGCUCCCGACGCCUGUGACACAAACCGCUCCCACCAUGCAGUUUCCUGCAGGUAUGCAGCAGCAAAUGACGCCCAACACCCAUCAGACAGCAUUCCCAAACCCCGGCCAACUGGUCUAUCCGGUUAUGCCAACGGACCAAUUCCAACAGCCCAACUUUUACCAACACCACCAAUACGAAAGCAUCGGCCAAAACCUACAGUCAACGCCGAUGGGCUUACACUCAAUGAACCAAGGAUACGACCAGACCAGGCAGAUGCAAGAUAUACCCGUUACGACAGCACCUUUUGGGCAAACGUCUGGCCAGUACAUUCCGACCCAUCCCACUGGGAUGGAACAAUACUCCCAGAUGAACGCCCUUGGUCUACAGAACCAUGGGAUGCCGGUGGGACAAAUGGUUUAUGAUGGGAUCAUUGACCCAUCAAGCACAAACGGAAGCCCAUUCAGUGGCUCGAUGUCACCAUACCAGCACUCUCCAAACCAGAAUGUGAACAAUGGAGCUGGGUUGUGGAGUGACAAGCGAAUG